UUCAUUUUAAAAAUCUUCAACGAAUUCAUGAUGAUAAUGAUCAAAUUACAAAAUCGAAAAUAAAUCAUCAAACUUAUGGUUAUCCAACAGAUAUUAUUUCAACAUCACUUUCUCUUCCGGUGGCUACAAAUACAUCAACAACAGCAUCACAAACACCAUCAACAUCGCCAACAUUAUUGAAUCAUAAUAAUCAAAUUAUGAAUAUUAAGAAUUAUAAUCAUCAUCAACAAAAUGGUUCAUCACCAAUGCGAUUAGAUGAACAGCAACGUUCAUCACCAUCGAUAUCAUGUAUAUCGAAAUUAAAUUUCGAUGAUAUUUGCUAUUGUUCCAGUAAUUGUUGUCAUGAUCAUACAACAACAACAACAAGUUGUGGUACAAAUAUUACAAAGAAAAUGUCACAUCAUUCUCAUCAUCAUCAUCAUCAACAUAAUCUUUCAAAUAAAAAAAUUAGCAAUGAUUCUGGUUGGUCUAAAUUGGCCCAUAUGAUUGCUAAUCAUUUGACCAUUGUUGCCCUAUUAAUUAUGUCCGGUGUAAUUAUAGUAUUGAUGAUUUUAUCAUCAAUGUGUCUAGCUAAACAUUCACAACAGGAUAAUGUUUGUUUAUCACAUACAUGUGUACGUGAAGCGGCCAAAAUUAUCCGAUCAUUGGAUGAAACAGUUGAACCAUGUGAAGAUUUCUAUCAAUUUGUUUGUGGCCAAUGGCUCGAAUCGACAAUCAUACCGGAACAUAAACCGUUGGAAAAUAAAUUUGAUGAACUACAUGAUAUCCUUAAUCGACAAGUUCGAGAUAUACUUGAAGAACCAAUAAUGAAAGAUGAUCCAGAUUUUGCCCGUAAUAUGAAAUUAUUCUAUCAUAGCUGUAUGAAUGUAACGGAAUUGGAACGAAAAGGUGCCGAACCAUUGAUUGAUAUGAUUGAAAAAUUAGGUGGAUGGCCUGUAUUGGAUGUUGGUUUUGAAAAUUCGGAUAAAAAUAAUUCCACAAAAAUCUGGAAUGAAGAUAACUGGUCAUUGCUGGAUAUUCAUCGUAAACUAAAUGAAUUGGGUGUCGUUGAUGAUAUGAUUAUACCAUUGAUAAUUACAUCGUAUGAUCGUAAUAAUUCACAUAAUAUUUUAGCCAUAAAAGAACCAAGUUUUGGUCUUAUGAGUAGAGAAUUUAUGGUUAAAGAAGAAAAUAAUACACAUAUCCGAUCAUAUUUUGAUCUUAUGUUGUAUAGUAUCGAAUUAUUAUUGGAUGAUGAACGAUUUCGUAUGGAUAUGGACAAAAUUUCAUCUGAUAAUAACGAUAAUGAUUCGGAUGGUGAAUCGAAAAAUUCAACUACAAACGAAAUUAUGAAACGAUUUGCUGCAUCACAACAUCAUCUAGAUCAACGUCAUCAUCAUCAUCAUCGACGUAAACAGGUUGCAAGAGAAUUUACAUUCGAAAUAGAUGAUCAUGAUAAAUUACCUGAAAAGGUCAUAGAAGAAAUGCAUCAAGUAUUACGUUUCGAACAAUCGUUAGCCAAUAGUUCAAUCAAAAAAGAAGACCGAGGAAAUGUUAGCCAAUUAUUUAACAAUAUGACCAUUGCACAAUUGCAGAAAAUUUCUCCAAAUAUUGAAUGGCUUGAAUUGAUCAACACUUUUGUUGUGGACAAAGAAAAACCGAUGACCUUGGAUAGAGAAAUUGUUGUUAUAGAUUUGAGUUAUGUAAAAUUUUUAAAUGAUAUCAUACCAAAAACAUCGAAACGUUUACUAGCCAAUUAUAUUGUAUGGCGUGUUGUUAAAAGUAAAAUUGGCAUGUUAGAUUCAACAUGGCGUCGAUUGAAACAGACUUAUAAUUCAAUCAAUUUGGGCCAUCCAAAAAUCGAACCAAGAUGGAUGCAAUGUGUUAGCCAUGCACAUGCUACAUUUGGUACAGCAUUGUCCAAUGUUUAUGUGAAGAAUUAUUUUUCUAUCAAAGAGAAAACAAAAAUCAAUGAAAUUGUUUGGCAAAUUCGUUCAGAAUUAAAUGAAACAAUUGCACAUGCUGAUUGGAUGGAUACGGAAACACGAAAACAUGCAAUGGAUAAACUUAAUUUAAUGAAUUUCCGUGUCGGAUUUCCUGAUGAAUUACUUGACGAUGAAUUGGUUUCGGAUUUUUAUGAAAAUCUUACAAUGACGGAUGAUUAUUUUGGUAAUGUAAUUGCCGUGCAUAAAUUUGAAGCUGAAAGUGCAUUCCAAAGUUUGGAUGCGAUUAAUUCACGUGAUGAUUGGCGAAAAUAUUCCGAAGUUGUCGAUGUAAAUGCCUAUUAUUUUCAUCAGGAAAAUUCAUUUAUCCUGAAUGCUGGUAUAUUACAGGAUAGAUUCUUUAAUCCUGAUCGACCAAACUAUUUGAAUUAUGGAUCAAUUGGUGAAAUAAUUGGUCAUGAAAUAACACAUGGAUUUGAUUCGAUUGGAAAACAAUUUGAUAAAACAGGACAACUAAGAAAUUGGUGGCUAUCAUCGACCAAUAAACAUUAUGAGGAACGUGCACGUUGUAUGGUUAAACAAUAUAACCAAUAUUAUUUUGAACAAAUUGAAACAAAUGUUGAUGGUGAACAGACUAAAGAUGAAAAUAUUGCCGAUAAUAUUGGUGUUACACUUGCAUAUAGAGCUUAUAUACGUGCCUAUUCGACUGGCAAUGAUGUUGAUGGAUUUAUUGGUACCGGUAAUAAUAAUAAUAAUAAUCAUCAUCAUAUGAUGAAUAUACGACAUGAUCGUGAACAAUCAUUACCCGGUUUAUCAAAUUAUAAUCCACGACAAUUAUUCUGGAUUAGUUAUGGUCUAGAAAAUUGUGAAAAAAUGACCGAUGAAUUGUUAAAACUUACAUUAGAAGUGGAUACACAUUCACCAGGCAAAUAUCGUCUAAAUGGUGUUGUAUCGAAUUCAGAAUAUUUUGCAAAUGAUUUUUAUUGUCCACCACAAUCAUCAAUGAAUCCAAGAAAUAAGUGCCAAGUUUGGUAAUCUAAUUUAAUCAUCAUUAACCAAUUAUUAUUCAUAAAAUAUUAUUAUCAUUUUAUUGUCCAACAAACAAACAAACAAACAAACAUACACAUAAAUACACACAAAUGUGAAAUCAUGUAUUUUGAAAGUUAUAGAAUUACAAAAUUCGAAUGAAUCGAUGAUCUCUAUAUAUACAUACACACACACACACAGUUUGGCACACAAUUUUUAAAUUUGCCAUCAUUAUUAUAUCGUUUGUUAUUAUCAAUUUUUUUUGUGAUACCAAAAAAACAUCAUAUUCACGAAAUGAUUCAUCAGUUAUCCAAUUAUAUAUUCAUUUUAAAUUGUUUUGUUUUCAUUUUCAAUUUUUACACACACACACACACGCACACAAACG